AUGACGAUUGAAAACGACUCCGUGGCCGGUGCCACCAUCGAACUCCUCGAGGCACGUCUCCGGCGACUCACCUACCUCCUCACGGGCGACGCGAACUGGACAGGGGCUCCCACCGCACCCGCGAAACCCGCCUCCCUGGACGACAGCGUCUCCCGCCGACUCCUCCGUCUCGAACGCGACCUCGAAAAACUGAGCAGAACCAUUCCCGCCGUACGAGACGUCGUUCAGCUUCACGACCGCUUCCCCGACCUUUUCCGCCCGACGCCCCCGCAAGCCAUCCCGGAAAACCUGACGACGCAGAAUCUGGCCUCCAUGGUGCUGUCGUACGCGUCCGCAUUCCCGGAGACGGCCUCGCGUCUGACGUCGUUGAACGACCUGCCCAUUCCCGACGCGCAGACCUCGGCGGCCCUGAUCGAGUUGCAGCCGCGCAUGGACCGGCUGGCGCAGACGCAGGACGAACAGGCGCAGGCGAUCGCGGAGCUGCGGGUGCGCACGGCGCGCGUGUUGCAGCGGUGGUAUGAGGUGUCGUUGGUGAGUGCGGGCGAGUGCUGGGCGGAAUGGGAGGGACGACUCGAGGAUGUGGAGCGGGAGGUCAAGCGGGAGGAGGUGGUGCGGGAACGACGGGCCAAGGAGGUGUGA